CCGGUGCAGCCGGUGCACGCAUUCGUCUUGAUUUCUCUCGUCGCCGGUUCAAGCUACUAAAUUUGUGGCGGUGGCGAACGGGUCAAGCGAGCCGCCGGACGAUGUGACUCGCGUCGGUGAUUCGCCUCUGCGUGUCUCGUCAUCGCAUUCAGAUCGACGUUUAUCGACAACCUUAGCAAACGAUGCCGUUGGAGAACAUCAGCGAGACUAAGGCGGCCGGAUGAUGUCAUUCGUUGUCGUUCGCGACAUGUUAACAUGGCGAAUAUCAAAGUGGCCGUGCGCGUGAGACCGAUAUCUGCUAGGGAAUUAAAUUUGACGGGAUCGGAAGUGGUGGUCUGCGCGGAACCGAACGAGAUUUCACUAACAAAUUUGAAGAUAUCAUCGAGCAAGGCCGGGGACAGUCGUGAGAGGACUCGUAGAUAUGGUUUCGAUUAUUGUUUCGACUCGUCGGAUCCAAAAGCGAAGAAUUACGCCACUCAAGCGACGAUCUACGAGACACUCGGUCAGUCGAUCCUGGACGCCCUGUUUGCUGGAUAUAACUCUUGUUUGGUGGCUUACGGACAGAGCGCAUCGGGCAAAACCUACACCAUGAUGGGCACGAAGGAGGAUCCAGGGCUCAUUCCACGGCUUUGCGAAGGAAUUUUUUCGAAGGUCGAACAAGAGAGUGGACACGAGAGGAUCUAUCGCGUGACUGUUAGUUAUCUGGAGAUAUAUAAUGAGAAGGUAAGAGAUCUUCUGAAGCCGUCAACGAGUGCGAGCGGACUUAGAGUUCGAGAACAUCCUCGACUAGGACCUUACGUUCAAGGAUUAACGCACCACGUGGUCCGCACACUGGGAUCAUUGAUGUCAUACGUGGAGGAAGGCACAAAAGCCAGGAAGACAGCCUCGACACUUCAAAACCCGAGUAGCAGCCGCAGUCACGCUCUGCUGACCGUUGAUUUCUCGCAAGACACUGCUGAUGCCGAGCGCCCUAGCAGCGGUGACACUUCCUCGUCCUCCUGGAGACAGGACAUCACUUCGCGCGGCGGCAGCAGAUUGCAUUUGGUCGAUCUAGCGGGCAGCGAGAGCGCGGCCACCUGCGGCGGCGUUCAUCGACUGAAGGAAGGUGCGAAUAUCAACAAGAGCCUGGUAGCUUUGGGAAACGUGAUAUCCGCACUCGCCGAGAAAGGCUCGACCGGAAGUGGGCCAGGCAGAAGAUAUAUCCCUUAUAGAGAUUCCUCGCUUACUUGGCUAUUGAAGGAUGCACUCGGCGGAAAUGCCACCACCAUUAUGCUCGCCACGAUAUCUCCGGCCAGCGGAAGUUACAACGAGACCGCACACACCUUACGAUUCGCGCAAAGGGCGCAAAGCGUGGUCAACCGACCAGUGGUCAACGAGGAUCCCGUGGAGAGACUCAUCCGUGAAUUAAAGGCCGAGGUUGCGAGAUUGAAAUCCUUGUUACUGGCAAAGGAUAUCGACCAGCAAAAAGCGCCGUGUUGCUGCAGCAAAGUUCAAAGUUCAAAGGAUUCGGCGACGGAUCCUCAGUAUUGCGGGGAAUCGGAAUCACUCAACACCUCGCACUCCGAUUUUGAGAACGAAUCUGUACAAUUAAAGAACGACAGCUCGCUCGAUGUGCUUCCGAUCAGGAGAUUCAACUCCAGCGACAGCAUAACGACUUACGAAACCGGCUCUUCAGGAUCUAUCAGAAAAUUCAAUUCUUACGAGCAUCUGCAGUCUUCGGGCCGUUUCGCCGACAAUUAUAACCAGGCCAAGGUCACCGAGUUAAACGAGGAGGAAGACGAGGUGGUGAACGAAAUCAACGAGCCAGUCUUUGUGGAUAUACCGACGCUAGUGGCCGUUCUAAUCAAGCCCGACGAUAAUCUGCAAGAAUCAUCAACGCAGAUCGAGGAAAUCUGUUCCGACGAAGUGCAAGAAGAUUCGAUCGACGCCGAUUUCAUACAAACCGGCAACGAGGAGUUCGACGAACCGGAGAAGAUCGACGACGUUGAUCCUGGCGAAUGCAGCAAUUCGACGAAUUCUUGCAACGCUUUGGCCGACUCGGAGAUCGGCGAGCUUCAACAAAUUCCGUUCGAGUGUCCUCCCUCAAGUCCGGCGUCUGUUGAGAACCGUAGAUCGCGAGGUAAAUUUAGCAAGCAACACUCGGUUGAUUUGCCGUCGUUGAAUUUAAACGCUUCAAAAAAGUUCGGCUCCAUCGAGAGGAUCAGCAAGAAGAAAGAACCGACAUUUGAUCUACAGCGGUCGCACACGAAUUUGGAGAAACGUCCUGCGCUGUCCGAUCGAGGGAAGAAGCUCAACAACAUCCGCGAGAUUGACGAUCGCAAAGCAAACGCUAAAUCGGGGAGUAUCUGGAAGGCAAUCGGUAACGUCGGUAGCAAGGAUCAUCUACAGAGAAAAAGCAGCAACGAAUCCGACAAGAGCCUGAAAGACUCCAACAGCGGCAGGACAAGCAGCUACAGCAGCAUCGGCAGGAAGCCAAGUUUAGAGAAUUUAAAGAGAAAGACUAGCAAAGACAGUAGCUCAAGCAGCUCCAAGGAGGAGCAGAUUCUGAUCUCGAGCUUGACGCGUGACAAGCUAUUGCGCAGGAAGAACUCCUUGGAUCAGGAAGCGGCGACAGCGGGCGGCGUAAGGCAUCACACGGCUAUUCAACGAGUGAAGCGUGCCGAUAUCGUCGCGGCUGUCACGGAGAGACUCUACUCUAGUAGGAAACAGAUCGAAGAGACCAGCAUGGCGGCGAACAACGCGUCGGGCAUGCGUUCGCCACCGGAGGGCACCGAUGUGAAAAUAUCGAACAGUUUUAUGGCGCGAUCGCGGCUGCAGGAAAUCUCGCGAAAGAUGCUGAUGAAGCGACGAAGGAUCAACGUGGACACGCAGACGGAAACGGCAUCGACGUUGCGCUUCAAAGACACGGCUUGUUUAACGGACGAACCCAAGAUAGUUCUCCAAGACGCGGCGGUUCUCACGGACAAUCACAUGGAUUGUGACGUCACGACGACUUCGACGGAUCAUCGACUGCCUGUUCUUAGGGUGAAGGACAUGGCUACGUUGACGGAUCGACGACCGCGAACUAACAUUUUUCGCUGCAAGGACGCCGAGAGUUUGGUUAACGAUCUCGAUUUUGACGACUAUGAACUGCACUCGCCGCGAAAUGACUCCGGCGUGCUCUCUGACGACACGCAGAAUUAUGCCGAGAGCAAUCUAUCCAGCGCUGAGGUGUCCGAGCUUUAUCCGGAGGGCGACAGAAGAGCGCCGUGCACAGACAGUUCGACCAACACGUUCCUCGCGUCGCCCGGCAGGAGCACAGCGGUGCAAACUGCGCGCCCGGAAGCGACGGGUAAACGGAAGGAGAAUCCGGAAAGCAGAAGCUGCAGUCAAUGCUGCAGUUUGCUUCACGAGUGCGAUCAACAGCGCGCACCAGCGAGUAAUCUAGAGAAGAACGUCAUCUCUAUAUCUUUACCGGACAUGAUCAGCAUAACUAUAGAGAGCACGAACGGUUUAGAGUCGAGGAUCGCCGUAAUGGACGGCAGCGAUGCCGUGGAAGAGAGAGCGAAACCCGUUUUCAAUGACAAGGAAUGUCAGACGGAUCAACUAAUUAAAAAAGAAGUUGAAGAUUCGUUCUUAAAUGAUCUUACGGUCAGAUCAACAGCUAUUCAAGCGGACGGCAGAGUUUUCAGGAUCGAAAAUAUUUUCCAGGAUCCGAGAAGCAAAAACUGCGACGUUGUUUCCGAUUUGAGAAAGGAAACAAAAUCGGUGACCUUCAGGAAUUCCCUGGGUACUUCCUCCGUCAUUGAGACGAAAGAGAGCGGCACGGAGACGGAAUGGAAUGAAAUACAUGUUGAGGAUAUUUAUCAAAGAAAGUGGCCGAUCCCGAAGGGAAGUUUAACGCGAGCUUUCAUCGCCAAGAGACGCAGCCACAGUUUGAGUCCGAAAAGACCGAUACACAGGCUUGGCCAUCAUAAUGUUUGGAAAAAUUGGACUCUUCCGUGCCCAGAAAAAUUCUCAGAACUUAUCAAUCAUAGCAGAAAGAUGAGAACUGUGUCAUUUUCUACAAAAAAAGAUAUUGAUUUAACGAAAAGUUUGCUUUCUUCUUCAAUAAACAGCGAAUGCACUUCUAACAAUGAAAUUCUAGAAGAAACGACUCAGGAAUCAUCCAAUCAGAAUUCCAGAAGCGACUUCAAGAACUUGAAGAAAUCGAAAUCUCUUUCGAUAAAUAAUCUUUUGGAUUAUGAUUAUAAUUUUUCGGACGACAGUCUCGACUACGAUGAAGACGAUGUUGCGAUGGAGUCAGCUGAUGUAAAAGCAAUGGAUUCGAACGAUCGUAAGUAUUGUGAAAGUUUUUGUCCUCCGGAUGUUGUUGCUCACACAAAAAAGGAAGCCUCGAAAUCGACAUAUCACGUGGAUUCGGCGAAUGUCGAGUCUUCGACGAACAUCGAGUCCUCGACGAAUGACGAUUUCGAUGAUAUCGAGAUAGAGUUGCCGAAGAGAAAACCCGCUGAAAUAUUAGAUACGAGUCCUAUGCAGGAUUACAAGGAGCUGAGCUUAGGCACGUCAUCGUAUGUCACAGAUAGCGAUUCUGAAGAAGCAAAUGUGAAAAUGACCAAUCACUCUGAUAAUGUCAAUAGGAAAAAAGUGUCCUUUUCGAAUCCCAGCAGCCCCGAGGAGAUAACUGACACUAUGAUCAAUCGCGAGUCAACCACGGUCAAGCAAACCUCGGAGGUAGCCUUGAAAUCUAUUAUCAAGAAAAUUAAGAAGAAGAGACUGGCUGUGACCGAAAACUUGGACAUCGUCCAACCGAAUACCGAGAUUGACCAGUUUUUGCAGCAGAAAAAGACAGAAUCGACGGAGAGCGACGAAGUCUUGUCUGCCUUGAAGGAGGAAGAAAAUUCUAAAGAUUCCGAGAAUUCGAGCGAUAAGAAAGUGGAAUUUUCCAAUAAAAAUGAUUUCGAAGAGCUUUUCUACGGAUCGGACAGUGUUACUAACAAUCAGGACAAUCGCUCUUGCAAAGCGCCGAAGAAAAAUAUAUUUGAGGAGUAUUUAAAUGAAGCAACGAUUUUCAUGCGCAACAUGAACUCUAUGAACGAGUACAUGAAUGCCACAAACGUGCAGAGCUACGGAAAGCGUCACAAAAAACGAAACAAUCGUCGCGGAAGCAAUCCAAAUACAAGUAGAGAUUAUAUAGAGAUUCGCGGGCGUAAAAUAAGCCUGAAGAACGACAUUGACAAAUAUCUGCAGCCGUAUGAAGACGAAAUCGCUGUCGAGUCCUACGAGAAAUGUCUGAGAGGCAUCGAGAGAUUGGAGGCGUGCAUCGACAAAACUAACAAGCACAAUCAAAUUCUUCGGGACAGGUACGGCAUCGGCGUCGAGUCUGCUGGCGCUAAAUCGAGUUUAGCGAGUCCCAGCGUAGAUUCCAGAGUGUCCAGCGUCAAUGAUAGCGCGAUUCGCCGACGUGGGGAUGUAAUUUCCGGCGUUGAGAGUUGUGAUAAGUUGAGUCUUUCCACGAUUUCUUUGCCCCUUUUGUCUUCCAUUCGAACUGACGUCACGAAGCGAUCUAUGCUCAACGAGGUAGAGAAACUCAAAGCUGUCACUACAGUCGAUAAAUAUGAUUCCGAUUAUAAGAACAACAAUAUCACACCCGAGGAUGAUCUCGAGCGCGAGAUCUUCGAUCAGCUGAUGCACGCGGCCGAUUCCAGCAAGUGCCUCAGGCAAUCCGGACGCCUCGCGAAAACGUCCGAUUUUGGAUCGCGAAGCCCGACAACUUAUUCCAAGUUUCGGGAGACUUUUCGACAGGACGCUCGCAGAAUUCUUAAUUUCGACGAAGUUUCCGCUGUUGAAGAUUAUCUUGGUGACAUUCGCGGAAUCGAGAAUAGCCCUGAAGCUUUUAGGAAAACGCUACUUUCGGAUCCAACAGAUAUUGACUCGGGGACAUCGAUCGAUUCUGAGAUCGAUCCUAAAGAAUUCUGCGAUCGCAAUGAAUUGCCAGAAGAAAACGGUAAUCUGCUGAAAAUCGAUGUGACGGACGAGACGACAAUCUUCGAGACAAAGAUGGAGUAUCCCGAUUGUAUGAUAGAUUCCGUGAGAUCGAUCGACGCAGAACAAACAUCCUACACGGAAGAGAUUGCGCGGAGAAAUACGCAAAAAUCAAAGGAUAGCUUAAGGAUGGAAUCAAUGAAUUUCAGAUUUGGUGGACCUUUGAGCAUAGAAUUAAAAUAUCCUAGCAGUCCAAGGGCAAAAUUUUUGGAACUUCUAAGAGAGAGGAGACGAAUCGUAGAAAAAAGUAGAGGUAUGAAUGCGUUUUGAAAAAAUGGUCUGAGAUGGUCACUCCUCAUAAAUAAUAAAUCUAUUUUUCACAUAUAUUUUGUAUUUUGACAAGUAUAAAAAAGAAA